AAAAAAAAAAAACUGAAAAAUUUUAAGCUUCAAAACUUCCUCCGCCCUUUCUCAUUUUAAGACCGCCCCCACCCCCAAAACUACUCUCCGAGGACUCCACCUACCAGUGUCUGGUAUCUUUCUCUCUCGCUCUUACUAUUCAACUUCAAACCGUUCGCGAGACUCACGCGCUCAGACGCGACGGAGAUGGAGAUUGGCCGGUUUCAUCCAAGAGAGAGGUAAAAUAAAAUCUUGAAAACCCUAGAAAUCUGCGGAGAUGGCGUCGAAGGUAAUGGCGUCUUCGAGUUCGGCAAAUUCGGAUCUGACACGGCAGUCUUCUAUUUAUUCAUUGACAGUGUCUGAACUUCAGAACGAUCAGAGUAAGAAUUUUGGAUCUAUGAAUAUGGACGAGCUUUUUAAGAACAUAUACGGUGAUAAUCCGGUGGCGGCGGCCGAGAUCAUUCCUAACGCUGCCAACGGCGUCAGUAGUGGCGAUGGUGAAUCGAACGGUGGGAUAAUGAGUGUCGGCAACAAGUCGGUCGAAGAAGUGUGGAAAGAUAUUGUUGCCCGUGCGGGAUGUGGUGACGUUGAUCAGAAACAUAGAGAUGUUGAUGUGGACCAAGCGUAUGAGGAGAUGACUUUGGAGGAUUUUCUGGCGAAAGCUGGAGCUGUUAGAGAGGAAGAUGUGAGGGUUACGCAGGUUGCGGGGCCAGCGCAAGGUGCUUUUCCUGUUGAUUCAAUGUUGAAUGAUCGAUUUCAGCAACUGCAGCAGCAACAGGGUUCACAGCAACGACCGCAGCCGCCACAGAUCGAUGGAUCGGUUCCUGUGUUUCGUAAUGGAGUGGAGAGAACAGGAGUAGGAAGGGGGAAGAGGCGAGUGGUGGAGGAGCCGGUUGAUAAGGUUACUCAGCAGAGACAGAGGAGGAUGAUUAAGAACAGAGAGUCUGCGGCUAGAUCGAGAGAACGGAAACAGGCCUACACGGUUGAGCUUGAGUCCCUGGUAUCACAACUGGAAGAGGAGAACGCUAAACUUUCGAGAGAGCUGGAAGAAGAGAAAAAGAAAAGGAUUAAGCAGCUCAUGGAAAAUGUGAUCCCAGUAGUGGACAAGCGUAGACCCCCAUUUGGUCUUCGGAGAGUCCUGUCAAUGCAGUGGUAGGAACGGUCAGGUAUUAAGGUAUAUAGAAUGGCACUUCGAAGGUAUAGGAGGUUAAAUACCUGUGAGAAAGCAACAAUUUUCUUUACUAGAAAAUAUCUUACGUUUCAGGUAUUUCCUCCAUUGUGUAUAAAGAGAUACUGAGGGUGUUCAAUAUGAGAUUUGGAAGGCAAUUUCACUGAUGCUGGACUGAGGUGUUCUUUUCAUUCCCAUUGUGCAUUGUUCCAAAGAUAUACUAACAUAAAAGGGCUGUCUAGUUUGUAGGGGUGAAAGGUGAAUAGACCAUUUCAGUCACAGAAACCUGUUUCCCCAUUUGUUACUGUGAGGGGAAGCAGUUCAGUAUGGACUAAUAGAUUCUUUAUAUGUAUUAUUAAUAUAAAUAAUAUGGUUAGUUUAAAAAUAAUUUCAGUUUA